AUGGCCAUGGAAAAACAGGAUGUGACUGGCCAGGGCGCUCCCGUCAAAUUUUCCCGUUAUCGAUCUGUGAGAAAAGCUGCCUCCAAGAUGCCCCAGGAGGUGGUUCCUGUGCCGGCGUCGCUGCCGCUUCCGCCGCCCCCCCCUCUGCCUGUGUCGUCUACCUCCGACCCCUCGACACGCGCGACCGCUGGUGGGAUGAAUCGAAGCAUGUCGCGAUAUCGUCGCCAGAGAGCCCCAACCGCCGCCUCAUCGGAUGCAACUCAACCUCCCGUCCCGGAUCGUGCUGUGGCGUACAGAGCACAUGCGCAGGGGAGUCGACCAGGUAGUGUGGAUGCUCCGCGCGGGGCUGAAUAUACGGAAGAUCCGAAUCGGAGGAAUGCGACGAAAGCAAAUACGACUAUGAGGGAACGAAUCGAACCUACGGAAGAGAGUAAGGACGAAGCGCUGCGAGAGAAACACAGGCAGGAUGCGAUGGAUCGCUUGACGGGGGGAGAGAAACCCCGCAAACCGAUAAUACGCGAUAGGGAAGCCAGGUAUACGGAGGAGCGACAAUAUCGCUCCCAGGGGGACAAUGUCACCAGCAGACGUCGAUCGAGUCAGGAGCCCAAACGGGUUUCCCUCAAAGAAUCGGCAAAAUUGACAUAUCCAAAGGAUCAGACCGGCUAUGAAGGCUCGGAACAAGUUAUUGAUUCCGGCUUAGGAAAUCGUCCGGCUGGGUUUGACGCCCCCGUCUCCGCAGUCAAUGCUGGUGAGCGACAUGUUGUGGUGCAAUACCGAAAGACGUCGAUGGAUCUGACGGUCACUCCGUCUACCUCGGCUCAGGAUCUCCUGUUUACUGCGUCGGAGUGUUUAGCUGGCGAAAUUGACCCCCAGAAGUUCAUCCUAAUGGAGUCGUUCGCCGAGCUCGGGCUGGAGCGGCCGCUGCGCCGAUACGAAUACGUGCGCGAGGUCAUGAACUCUUGGGCCCAUGAUCGUCAGAAUUCGCUGCUUAUUGUCCCUGCUGCCAGUCUGGAGGCCCUAUCGCUGCUGGAUGCCCAAUGUGUUCCGUCGGAGCAACCUGUGGAAGUGACGUUGCACAUGUACUACUCACAACGUCCGCGCAAGUGGGAUAAACGGUUUGUUACACUGCGCUCGGAUGGACAGGUGACGGUGUCCAAGAAGGAGCAGGGGCAGGAGCAAGCCAAUGCAUGUCAUAUGUCAGAUUUUGAUAUCUACUCGCCCACUCCGGGCUAUUUGUCCAACCAUGUGAAACCGCCCAAAAAGAUCUGCCAAGCUGUCAAGAGCCAGCAAAAAUCCAACAUGUUUCUGUCCACCGAGAAUUUUGUGCACCACUUUGCGACCAAUGAUAAAGCUAUCGCUGACGCCUGGUAUCGGGCGGUUCACACCUGGAGAAGCUGGUAUUUGGUGAACAUGUUGGGCGCCGGCAACGAGGAAAAGGCAGCCGUCGCUGAAGAGAUUCCCCCCGCGUCCAAACCCUUCAAGCCCCUGUUGGAUAUGGACUCUCCGGAAAGCUCAAGUGGUGAGGGGAAAAGAUCGUCCAAAUCCAAAGAACUAUUUUCGCGCAAGAAGAGCACCCGAGAGCACGCACCUCCGCCGUCCUCUUUCCCCAAGUUGCUGGCAGACGAGCCUGAUCUAGCGCCGCCGCCCCCUCCACCGCUGGACGAUUCACCGUUCAACUCGUCGGGUCUUCUGGGCCGAAGUUACACGCUCCGCCAACGUGCCAUGAAAGAGCGGGAGGAGCGAGAGAAGAAAGCCAGAGAAGAACCGUUUGUUGCACAGGGAUUGAUCAGCAACAUGGGACGACGUCCAGCCAACGCAUCGACCAGCCGACCGAACAGUCGAUCCAACACGAUGACCUCGACCCAGGCGCCCGAUCCCACCGGUCUCAAGCGAUCCCAAUCGACACACAAGAACAAACCCUUGGUGGAUUUGACGCCGGUCUAUCAGGAACCCCCGCAGCAUACCCGAAAGGGCAAAGGGGUGGCCGUCGAACCCGGCACGCUCUUGAUCGAUGCUGCGACAGGUCGCGAAGCCCCAGGAGGCAUCGCCGUCCCAUCCGCCACCACCUGGCGACGACCGGCGCCCGAACUACCCGCGCCCAAUACUGAAAUCCGGACGCGCAAUCGCUCCAACACGACCCGCAGCAACUCCAAUCACUCGCAUCACUUCCACACGUCGACCGCCCCUGCAUCGCCGAUUUCACCAGUGGACGCCCAUCCGCGCGUAGAACCAUUCAUUCCCAAUAGUCUUCUGUCUCGCUCUGCGCAGCUCGCCACGAUGCAGAACGGAGUGCCGGUGGGCCAUGGAGUCGCCACGGGGGACCGCAUGGCCACAAAGCCCAUGCUGGACAUGUCGCCGGAAAAUCCCUUCACGCAUGGUAGCUUGCUUCGAGGACUGUAA